GUAUUAACAGCCAACUGCCAUACAACACACUGAUCGGAUUGUUUUGUUUUGUCGGCCGAUUUUAGCCGAAUAUAACUACGUAUAUAUCUUUAUCUUCUGGUCCAAGUACACAUCAUGGCCUUCCUCUACAUACUGGGCUGGAUAUCCCUGGGCAUACAGAUCGUUUUCCUGACGCUAUCCAUAGUGGCUGGACUCUAUUAUCUGGCUGAACUGGCCGAGGAGUACACCACGACGGCGAGGAAGUGCAUCCUCUUCCUGAUCAGCUUCACUAUCUUCAUCUACAUCCUGCUGAUGCUCUUCGAGGACCUCCCGUGGAGCCUGAUAAUAUGUGGAUUCGUAGCCCAGGGCUUCCACCUCGGAAUCAUGGGAGGAUUCCCCUUUGUUCGGUUCCUUUCGCUUCCGCUGCUGGGAUCCUUGGCCAUGCUGGUGGUCAAUCACUUCCUGGCCUUCCAGUAUUUCACCACCGUUUAUGUGCCUUUCACGCAGGUGCUGGCCUACUUCACUAUCUGCAUGUGGAUCGUGCCCUUCGCCCUGUUUGUCUCACUCAGCACGAAUGAUAGCGUCCUGCCCACCACCGUCAGCGACCAGAGCCGGCGCAGUCCGGACGUGGUCAGCAACUACUUCUCGCGGAACAAGAAGCAGGGCCUGCUAUCACUGUUCCAGUAUCUGAAAGACACUCUGCUCCCUGGGCGGACCAAGAAGGCCUUCUAGACGUAGUUUAUUUAAUGAUUAUUUAUUUUUGUAGCUGAAAUCGAGACAAAAGUAUACAAAAGCGUAGGUAAACUACGUUUAUGGAAUGACAUUCGCUAUUGACUCAUUGGAUAUGGUAUGAAUAACAAAUUGUUAGUUCUUAAGAAUAACUGAUAAUUAUCUUGCUAUGUCGUUAUCAAUAAGACAGUGAUUUAAGUUUAAUAGGAAUCCCUUGUAGCGACUUUCGGAUAACCAUAUUUUGUUAUCAUUUCAAAGAAUAAAUUCGUUUAUAAA